AUGGCUAUCCAUGGCAAAGUCUACGAUAUCACAUCAUUCCUCCCCAAUCACCCGGGCGGUAAAGCCAUCCUCCUGAAGAAUGCAGGCAAAGAUGCUAGCAAAGCGUUCGAUGCCAUCCAUCCAGUUGAGAUCUUGGAAGAGUAUAUACAGCCUGGCCAAAUGAUGGGAACCUUUGAAGUCACAGCACCGGGAGCUGGGCUGCAAUCGGAUAUGCCUUCUACGGACGUACUCGCGGACCCAUCGCCAUCACCAGAUAAGUCAGAUGACAUACCACCAGUGUCUCAGAUCCUGAGCAUCGCUGAGAUGGAGCACUAUGCCUUGCGAAAGAUGAGCCCAAAAGCCAUCUCGUACUACGCCUCCGGAACAGAUGACGAGGUCACCAAGAUUGGGAAUGGCACCAUCUUCCGUUCCAUCCUCCUACGACCACGAGUCUUUGUUGACUGCACACGGUGCUCCUUAUCGACAAACCUCCUCGGAAAUGCAGUCGGAAUGCCAAUCUACAUUUCGCCCGCGGCCAUGGCCAAGUUGGCGCACCCAAUAGGCGAGGCAGGCAUCGCAGCAGCGUGCUCAAAGUUUAAGGGCUUGCAGAUCAUUAGCAAGAAUGCGUCAAUGUCUCCCUCGGCAAUUGUCCAGGCCGGCCCAGACGCGACUUAUGCAUGGCAGCUCUACGUCCUGAAGGAUAUCGAAGCAACUGAGAGGACGUUGGCGCAGAUACGAGCCAUUCCUCAAAUCAAAUUCAUCGUGCUCACACUUGACGCGCCAUUCCCCGGCAAGCGAGAAGCAGACGAGCGAUUCAAGAUGGUAGAGGUUGCGGGAGGCGCCCCGCCGGGGGUAUGGGGCACGGAAUCGGGCCUCACGUGGAAGAAGACACUCGCCUGGCUCACCAAACAGACGACUCUCCCGAUUGUGCUGAAAGGCAUCCAGACGCAUGAGGAUGCGUAUGCGGCGAUCCUGUUUCCCAGUGUGAAGGGCAUCAUCAUUUCGAAUCAUGGUGGACGGGCUCUGGAUACGACAAUGACGCCUGUACAAGUGCUUCUGGAGAUUCGGAAGUUCUGUCCGGAAGUAUUUGACAGGAUUGACGUUCUCAUUGAUGGAGGCAUCGAAAGGGGUACAGACGUCGUCAAAGCUCUAGCUCUAGGAGCCAAGGGUGUCGGUAUUGGGAGGGCGGCGCUGUACAGCUUAGCUGUUGGGGGGCAAGCGGGUGUAGAAAAGGCACUACAGAGUAAGUUCGAUUUGGUCGCAAGAGGUUCCAUGCGCGAAUCGUGA